UCGCCUCUGGCCUGGCCGCCCUCGACGGCUCUGCGCUCGGGCCGGCCGGCCGGCCAGGCAGCGGGGCGGGGGGCGCGGGGGGCCAGGCGAGCGCUCGUCCGAGCCGGUCCCGGCCACCUCACAGAGGCCGGGCUGCGACACAGCCGGGCCGGCCGUCGGUGGCUCCCCCGGGAGACGCUCCGUCGGGGGACACGGCGACCCGUCCGCCGGGCAACACCAGCUCCUUCCAGCACUGCACCAUUCACGAUGAAAGUCCCCCUCAAGAGACAGUUCAAGAUGAGCCUGCUGGACAUCACCAAGAUGUUCUCCCUGUUCCAGCCCAGCGAAGAUGAAGACGGGGACAGAGAAAGACAAGAGCUGAGUCUCGCCGUGUCCCAGGACAGCUACCAGCUGUUGGACCAACUGUUGCACCAAGAGAGAUACAAACGGGUCAUCAACAGUCGGAGUGGUUGGGGGGUGCCAGGCACUCCCCUGCGCCUAGCGGCCUCCAAGGGCCACGUCAGGUGUGUCAAGGUGCUCCUGGACCAUGGAGCCGAAGUGGACAGCUUAGACGUCAAGGCACAGACACCUCUGUUCAUUGCCGUCAACAACGGGCAUCUUGACUGUGUGAAGGUCCUCUUAGAGGCAGGGGCCUGUCCUUCCGGGAGCAUUCACAACAACUGCACCCCGCUGCUCACGGCAGCGCGAGAGGGAGCCCUCGCGAUCCUGCAGGAGCUGCUGUCACACGGAGCAGAGCCUAACGUCAAACCCCGAAUCCCGGAGUGGGCGACCAACUCCGUAUCCUGCUGCGGACCUUUGUAUUUGUCUGCCGUCUACGGUCAUCUGGAGUGCUUCAAGACCCUCUUGCUGUACGGGGCUGAGCCCAACUACAACUGCUCGGAUAGGAACAUGAUUGCCCGAAUUAAACACCCCAAGACUCUCCUGGAAGUCUGCUUGAAGCACGGCUGCAGGACAGAGUUUGUCAAGCUCCUCGUUGAUUUUGGUGCCAAUGUCUACUUGCCUGGUAUCACGUUGGAGAAGAGCUCAGCAAACCCUGAAGUGCUUGAGCUGUUGGCCAGAGAAAGAGCAUUCCCCAAAUCCUUGAUGACUCAGUGCAGACUGGCAAUCAGAAGGUUUAUGAAGCUGGAGAACCAUCCCGAAGCCGUGGACCAACUGGACAUCCCGCUAGUGCUGCUCAACUAUCUCAAACACCAAGUGUAAUGGAAGAUCAAUGCCGAAUUGCCCAGGGUUACCAAGUACUGUAACUGGAUAAGGAAAGAAAGAAAGA